GUUCUUGGAUCACUCCAACCUUCAAAUUUAAUCCAACUCAAACACACACAGUUGUGGUGGAAUCACUGUUGCGUUUUUCUUUAAAUGCUUAAUUUCAAUUGCUGCUUUCCUUGAUUAACAUGAUGAUUCUCAACGCAACAACUCCAUGUCUUCCUGAUUCAUCGUCAAAAUUCAGUAAUGUCAAUCAUUCUCUCCCUCUUUCUGCAUUUGGCGCCACCGAUGCCACGGGAGUAAUUUGGAGUAGAAAUGCAUCAGGUAAAAGUUCUGUGAGUGGAUUGUCGUGUAAGGUAAAAGGAUUAGAGCCUGUGAAGCAUAAAUCUACCUGCGUACACAGUCAGCGUGCAGAAGAAAUCGUGGUUGAGGACGAAGUUACAGUGAUGUCAGAAACCAGCCCAGCAUUGAAAAACAUUCCAGGCCUACCAAAUCCUCUUGGAGUAUCAGAAACUGAAAAAGGGAUCAACUUUGCUCUUUUUUCGCAGCAUGCAACUUCAGUUACACUUUGUUUAUUGCUUCCUGAGAGGGGAGAUGAUGCAUCUCCGAAUGAUGGAAUGAUCGAGCUGAAGUUAGACCCACAUGCAAACAAAACCGGAGAUAUAUGGCACAUAUGUAUUCAGGAACUGCCUCGGAGCAACGUUAUUUAUGGUUACCGGGUAUAUGGUCCUCAAGGUUGGCAUCAAGGGCAUCGCUUUGACAACAGUGAUGUCCUUAUAGACCCUUAUGCAAAACUAAUCGAAGGUCGCCGGAUUUUCGGCGAUGCAAGUGAUAGGUUCUCUAAACUUUAUGGAACUUACGAUUUCAGUAGCUUGCCAUUUGAUUGGGGAGACAAUUAUGCCCAACCAAACAUACCAGAGAAGGACCUUGUAGUAUAUGAAAUGAACGUUCGGGCCUUUACUGCUGAUAAAUCUAGUGGUUUGGAACAAGAUAUAUGUGGCAGCUACCUUGGUCUAAUUGAGAAGAUACCACAUCUUUUAGAGCUCGGCAUCAAUGCAGUGGAGUUGCUUCCAAUUUUUGAGUUUGAUGAGUUUGAAUUCCAGAGGCGCCCAAAUCCUAGAGAUCACAUGAUCAACACAUGGGGCUAUUCCACGAUAAAUUUCUUUGCUCCAAUGACUCGUUAUGCCAGUGCUGGUGGAGGACCUAUUGGUGCUUCACAGGAAUUUAAAGAGAUGGUUAAAGCUUUGCACCUUGCAGGAAUUGAGGUCAUUUUGGAUGUUGUUUACAACCAUACUAACGAGGCUGAUGAUAAGAACCCCUAUACCACGUCAUUUCGUGGCAUAGACAACAAGAUAUAUUACAUGGUGGAUGGUAAUGGCCAAUUAUUGAACUUCUCAGGCUGUGGUAAUACAUUAAACUGUAACCACCCUGUUGUCAUGGAACUCAUACUUGACAGCCUACGGCACUGGGUCACCGAAUAUCAUGUGGAUGGAUUCCGGUUUGACCUUGCAAGUGUUCUUUGUCGAGGAACAGAUGGCUCCCCUCUCGAUGCUCCUCCACUUAUCAGGGCCAUAGCAAAAGAUAGUAUACUGUCCAGAUGUAAAAUUAUCGCUGAACCAUGGGAUUGUGGAGGUUUAUAUCUUGUUGGGAAGUUCCCGAACUGGGACAGGUGGGCCGAAUGGAAUGGGAUGUAUCGUGAUGACAUGAGAAGAUUUAUAAAGGGCGACACUGGUAUGAAGGGAGGUUUUGCAACUCGAGUUGCUGGUUCUGCUGAUUUAUACAAAGUAAACAAGCGCAAGCCAUACCAUGGAGUGAAUUUCAUUAUAGCACAUGAUGGGUUUACUCUUUACGACCUUGUGUCGUAUAAUUACAAGCACAAUGAUGCAAACGGAGAAGGUGGCAAUGAUGGAAGCAAUGAUAACCUUAGUUGGAAUUGUGGUUAUGAAGGGGAAACUUCUGAAGCCAAUAUCAAAGCCCUACGAUUCCGGCAGAUGAAGAAUUUUCAUUUGGCAUUAAUGGUAUCUCAGGGUGUACCGAUGAUGCUAAUGGGAGAUGAAUAUGGUCAUACUCGCUACGGAAAUAACAACAGCUAUGGACAUGACACUGAUAUAAACCAUUUUCAGUGGCGACAAUUGGAUGCAAGGAAGAACGAUUGCUUCAGAUUCUUUUCGGAGGUGAUCAAGUUUCGAAAAAAGAAUAGGGUAUUUAGCCAAGAAUAUUUCAUUGGCAAGGAAGAGAUAACAUGGCACGAAGAUAACUGGGAUAACUACGAAAGCAAAUUCAUCGCCUUCACGCUUCAUGAUCGCGAUGAAGGGGACGUUUACUUGGCCUUCAAUGCGCACGACUAUUUUGUUAAAGUUCCAAUACCUUCACCACCUCAAAAACAACGCUGGUUCCGAGUGGUCGACACUAAUCUUGAGUCUCCACACGAUAUGGUCCCCGACGGUGUCGAUGGCAUUGGGGAUACUUACAAUGUUGCUCCCUACUCUUCCAUUCUUCUUCAAGCAAAACCUUGAAUAUUCGAACUUUAAAAUAAAGUACACGUAGAUGCUAACUUGGAGAUUGGCAUGAUAUAUAGAGAUAUCCACACAUUGUAACGUAUGUAGAUGUAGUAUCGAUUUUAUAAAUGUAAGGAUGGUUUUUGCUUUGUUUUAUGGAAGCGGUUUCCAUUGUGAACUUUC